GCAUACCGCGCGCCGCCGACCCACUUCCGGAGCCCGCGGGAAACAUGGCGGCGUCGGAAGAGCACGAUUCCCAGGUUGAAGCGCUUCAGCCCGCGGUGGAAGAGGAAACUAAAACAUUUAAGGACCUGGGUGUGACAGAUGUGUUGUGUGAAGCUUGUGACCAGUUGGGGUGGACAAAGCCCACUAAGAUCCAGAUUGAAGCUAUUCCUUUGGCCUUACAAGGUCGGGAUAUCAUCGGGCUGGCAGAAACUGGCUCUGGAAAAACAGGAGCCUUUGCUCUGCCCAUCCUGAAUGCGCUGCUGGAGACGCCCCAGCGUUUGUUUGCCUUAGUUCUCACCCCCACGCGGGAGCUGGCCUUUCAGAUCUCAGAGCAGUUUGAAGCCCUGGGGUCUUCUAUUGGGGUGCAAAGUGCUGUGAUUGUAGGUGGAAUUGAUUCAAUGUCCCAGUCCCUGGCCCUGGCAAAAAAACCACAUAUAGUCAUAGCCACUCCUGGUCGACUGAUUGACCACUUGGAAAAUACAAAAGGUUUCAAUUUAAGAGCUCUCAAAUACUUAGUCAUGGAUGAAGCAGACCGAAUAUUGAAUAUGGAUUUUGAGACUGAGGUUGACAAGAUCCUCAAAGUGAUUCCCCGAGAUCGGAAAACAUUUCUCUUCUCUGCUACCAUGACCAAGAAGGUGCAGAAACUUCAGCGAGCAGCGCUGAAGAACCCUGUGAAAUGUGCUGUUUCCUCUAAAUACCAGACGGUUGAGAAAUUACAGCAAUAUUAUCUUUUUAUUCCCUCUAAAUUCAAGGAUACCUACCUGGUUUACAUUCUAAAUGAAUUGGCUGGAAACUCCUUUAUGAUAUUCUGCAGCACCUGUAACAAUACUCAGAGAACAGCUUUGCUCCUCCGAAAUCUUGGAUUCACUGCCAUCCCCCUCCACGGACAGAUGAGUCAGAGCAAGCGCCUAGGAUCCCUUAAUAAGUUUAAGGCAAAGGCUCGUUCCAUUCUCCUAGCAACCGAUGUUGCAAGCCGGGGUCUGGACAUACCUCAUGUGGAUGUUGUUGUGAACUUUGACAUUCCCACCCAUUCCAAGGAUUACAUCCAUCGAGUAGGUCGAACAGCUCGAGCUGGGCGUUCUGGGAAGGCUAUUACAUUUGUCACACAAUACGAUGUGGAACUCUUCCAACGCAUAGAGCACUUAAUUGGGAAGAAAUUGCCUGUCUUUCCAACACAGGAUGACGAGGUUAUGAUGCUGACAGAACGUGUGACUGAAGCCCAAAGAUUUGCCCGAAUGGAGUUAAGGGAGCAUGGGGAAAAGAAGAAGCGCCCGCGGGGCGAUGCUGGGGACGAUGAUGACACGGAGGGUGCUCUUGGUGUCAGGAACAAGGUGGCUGGAGGAAAAAUGAAGAAACGGAAAGGCCGUUAGCCUCCACUUGCAGACUUGGUUUCCAGUCUCUGUUCUGUAAAAGGGGAUGGAGGAAGAGAACGAAACGUCCUCCAUGGAGGUCCUCAGUCUGGAACCAGUCAGCAUCCCAUCCGCAUGUGCUCGGCUGCGCGCUCACUCUGCUCAUUCCUUUGAUGUGUUCGGUGCCCUUACCGGAGACUCUUGGGCAGUGCUGAUGCCAAGACUAUUACUGCCCUUCAGCUUUGGCUCCUUGCUAAUGACACGAGUAGGAUGUGCUCUUCCAUCGCUCCACAUAGAGCCUUUGUUUUUUUCAAUCAAGGACUGGGCCGAUGGAAGCACUUGACUCAAAGGGAAAGAAGCUCCAUCUAUAAACUGGUGAGACUUGAGCAGUCACAGCUGUGCUUCAGUAGACAUAACGUUAAGUAAUAAAUUUAUGUAUUUUUAAAAGAUUCAA